AUGACGACACCAACACCAUCUAUGCUUGCUGCCAUCCAGUCAUGUACAUUGAAAGACGACGUCUUUCGAGAAGACAAGACUACAAUGGAACUUGAAGCUCACGUUGCUGCAUUGUCGGGCAAGGAAGCCGGACUGUUUGUCCUAUCAGGAACCAUGGGUAAUCAACUUGCCCUUAGAAGUCUUCUGACGCAGCCACCACACUCUGUUCUAUGUGAUCAUCGCUCGCAUAUUAUUCGAUACGAAGCCGGUGGUGUGUCCACGCUUACUGGUGCUACCGUGACGACAGUUGUUCCAAAAAACGGUGUUCAUUUGACUCUUGAAGACAUCAAGCAAAAUGUUGUGCUCAGCGAUGAUGUGCAUGCCUGUCCAACGCGAGUGAUUAGUCUGGAGAAUACUCUCAAUGGCAUGAUUAUGCCUCUGUCCGAGGUCAAGCGAAUCUCCGAUUUUGCAAGACGACAUGGCAUUAAAAUGCAUUGCGACGGCGCUCGCUUGUGGGAGGCUGUGGCAGCUGGUGCUGGCUCGUUGCCCGAGUUCUGUGCUCACUUUGACACAAUUAGCUUGUGUUUCUCCAAGGGCCUGGGAGCACCGGUUGGAAGCCUUCUCGUUGGUUCCCAGGAGACUCUGAGGCACUCUCGGUGGGUUCGCAAAUCUAUUGGUGGUGGUAUGAGGCAGCCUGGAUUCAUCACAGCCUGUGCUAGAGUUGCUGUAGACGAGACGUUUGGCAAGAAGGCUGACGGCAGUGAUGGUUGGCUAAAGGCGUCACACGAUAUGGCCAAGAAGGUUGAGGCCUUGUGGAGUGGCAUGGGUGGCAAACUCGUUCAUCCGGUGCACACAAACAUGUGCUGGAUUGAUCUCGACUCGGCCAAGUGUAGCGAGGACCGCUUCAUCGAGUUGAGCCGGACUGCUGGCCUCACCGUGUCCGGGGGCCGACUGGUAACACAUUACCAGAUUGCUCAAAACGGAGAUGAUAUUCUGCGAAGGCUGGGUGAUGUUUUUCAGAAGGUGUUUGCAGAGCCGGAAGAAGUCUCAUCAGGGGCAGGAGUCAAGAGUAUGUAUGAGAAGGCAUAG